UGCUGUGCUCAGGGUGACGGUCUCCUCUUCAGCUCUUCAGGGAUAAACAUCACCAGGAAAUAGUUCAAAGUGACCGCCUGGGACACGCCUUCCCUUCACCUACACUGUUGUAAUUCCAGGUUGAGGAGUCGAGGGGUGAUGGAUUGCCCUUCAGAUCUUUUCCAGCAGCAGCCAUCCCAGGUGUGCCACUUCGACCUGUAUCACAGUCCACCAGGGUCCACGUCGACUGGCCCGAUCAUUUCUCCUCUUUUGCACCCCAACAGUGCCUCACAGAGGUGGGGUGGAUAUAGGCAGGGACAGUGCUUAUUCUCUGAACUACCAGCACACGAGGAGGAACAGGAGGUGGAUACAGACAGCUUUGGGAGAAAAUCAGCUACAGGAGGAGGAACCCCAAUUCUGCAGUACCGACUUGGAGAGAGGAGAAGAGGUUCUGGUGACUGGAGUCAGGACCUGCUGAGAGUGAAGCAACUUAGAAUGGACAGUACUGUAAAGAGAGAGGCAGAGGCAGAACGAGAAGGGCACAGAGGUAGGAGGAAUGUAGCUCAAUUGGUAAGGGCAGAGAGGAGUGUAGCGGAAAGAGGGCGGAGGAAGGAGAGCAGGGAGGGGAGGCAGCGACAACGACGUGAGUUGAAACUGCAGUUAGAGGAAACCAGAGGGAAGCUGUUAGAGCUUCAGCGCAAAGUGUGGCAAGUAUAUGGAGAACAUCAUGUCGAGGAAGAGAAAGGAGGAGAAGGAGAUGAUGGAGUGAUGGACGAGACAGCAGAGAUGUUCUCUGAAGGAGAAGCAGACGAUCAUCUUGGCAGUGGGCUUUAUCCUCUUCUGAGUGCUAAUGAAAAAAAACACGAAAGUACAGGUAAUGAGAAUUCUGAGGUGUUUCCUGAAACCCCUGUAGAUCUAGACCUUGACGUGGAGCUGGAUGGAGGUGGAGUGUGGCUAGGCUGCAGUUUGGUGCAAGGAGAAUGGGAGAAUGUAGGUGGCAGUGAGAAAUUUGCACAGGCUCUAAAGCAGGAGCUGUCCAGUGCAGUGGCUCGAGUCAUUGACAGGGUUCUCCAUCUCUAUGCUGAAACUGACCAAACACCACCUUCCACUGCAGUUCUAGCCCAAGAGAUUCCCACUAGUAGGGCACUAGACCCAAACCCAGACAAGAAGCAAAGGCCUGGGGUAGCUGCCAGUAUGACAGACCAAGCUGAAGCACUGCCACUGGUUGCAAAGAGGCCUCAAGAGAAAAGGAAUCCCCUAAUUCAAGGCAAACACAAGAACAUCCUGAUCCCUCAGGCUAACUCCAGCUUACCCCUCUUACCCCAGCCCCAUCUCUCUGCACUUUUACCACCAAGGAACAAAGACUCCUUCCUGCCAUCCUGCCCUCCAAACCCUCCUCCACUGCCCCUGCCCCUUCUCCAUUAUACCAUGCAGCACCUCUUUACUCGUUCUCUUUCCAAUAUGCCGCUCCACAAAGACGGGCUCCCCAAUGAACCCUUCCUGGACUUUCGCUCGCACAAUCCCUCAUUCCCUCCCCUGCCUCUGCUUGGCCAGUUAAACCCACCUCUUGCUGAUAGAGGCAGAGAUGAAGGGAUGAGAGUAGGAAUUGAUGGAGGAGAUACCGCUCUCUAUCUUGGUCCUGGGGCAUCUCAGGAGGGUCUCUCUCCAUGUCAUCUGAAGAAAGCCAAGCUAAUGUUCUUCUACACACGCUACCCCAGCUCCAACACACUCAAGACUUACUUCCCUGAUGUCAAGUUUAACCGCUGCGUCACCUCUCAGCUCAUUAAGUGGUUUAGUAACUUCCGGGAGUUCUUCUACAUUCAGAUGGAACGCUUUGCGCGUCAGGCAGCUCGUGAGGGUCCUGUCACAGCCAGAGAGAGGGGACUGCGUCUGAGUCGAAACUCUGAGCUCUUUCGCAUUCUGAACAUGCACUACAACAAGAGCAAUGACUACCAGGUGCCGGACAGGUUUGUGGAGGUGUCUGAAGUGGCACUACGGGAGUUCUUCGCUGCUAUCCAGAGUGGACGUGACACUGACCCCUGCUGGAAAAAGUCCAUCUAUAAGAUCAUCUGCAAACUUGACAGCCCUGUGCCUGACAGCUUCCGCUUGCCAGGCUGCCCCAUGGACACACACCGCAUGGUCUAAGGAUAUGAUUCAAGAGCAGUCUCACACACACACACACACACACACCUUAUAAAUCCUAUAAGGAUUAAUAUGGAUAAAUAUACAAACACAUUGACCAGAUGGAUUGGAGUUGGUCUACACACUCACGUACACAUCAUCUGAUAAGAAUCAGUUCCGAUAAGCUGACAAAAAUACAUGUACAUUCAAACACACAUACACACACUACAUGCCAAAAGUUUGAACGCAAAACUAGCUUUCCAAAAAUAUGCAUAAUUUCCCCCCUAAACAAUUACUGACCACAAUGUGUUUAUUAAGACAAAGGGGUUUGGCUAAAUGGAUGCUGUAAUAAUUUACUAACGGACUGGAUUUGUUUUUGCAUUUUACAUUUUAAAAUUGAGUUUUACUGCGUACUGUACAUACAUGAUCUUGCAUUCAGGUGCUCCUGAAAAACUGAAUAAGUAAUGUGAAAUGAGAAGUAAAUCGAUACAUUGGUCAGUGUUACAUUUCAAAGACCAUGAAAGCUUUUCCCAUAUAGCAUGUUUAAAAUCUGAGCACUUCACUACAAACCAAUGAACGAUUUUACAUAAAACUCUUUUUGGUAAGACAAAAUGUCAUCCAUGUUGUGCUGUGCUUGCUUCUGCACUUUUGGCCUGCAGUGUAUACAUAAAAUAUCAUAUACUGUAUAUAACGUUUGUAUAAUCUAAGAGUGAAUUAAUGGUGAUUUAUUGCCUUCCAGAUCUAAGAAACACAAGUACAUAUGGCACAAAUGAAGAAGUCAGUGGCCUUGUCGAUUGUAUAAACUCUAAAUAAGUAACUGAUGGGCAUUUGCAGUUUUGGCUCGAAUGUUCCAGAGAGAUAAGUGUUACUUGAAAAUAUUUAAAAGGCUUUUUGUAUUUAAUAUGCUGAAACCUUAUUUAUCAAGAAAAUGACAGGAAAACAUCUG